ACCAAAAGAAGCUCCCCCCUCGUUACCAAACACAUCUCUCGACAAACUUGAGAUUAUGUCGUGUGAUUUGAGCUUGUGCUUUGGGGUUUUGGCAUUGGUUCUUGGUCUUGUGUUUACGAAGUCUUGUUUGUCGUGUUGGGUAUUGCCGGUUCGAGCCCUAAAGAAGAUUAGGAAGAAUGGAUUCGUGGGUCCAUGUCCGAGUUUCCCUUUCGGAAACCUCGAGGAGACGAAGACAAUCAAGGCGGAGAGUGUGAACCGGAGGAAAGCUGCCGCUGUCACCCACGACAUACACGCUAUUGCUCUUCCUCAUUUCGCCCGUUGGCAACAACAAUAUGGCAAAGUGUUCGUGUACUGGCUGGGGGCCGGGCCGUUUUUGUACGUAGCGGACCCCGAGUUCUUGAGGGUCAUGUCGGAAGGUAUGUUGGCCAAGAGUUGGGGAAAACCUAAUGUCUUCAAGAAAGACAGAGAGCCCAUGUUUGGAACAGGCUUGGUCAUGGUCGAAGGCGAUGAUUGGACCCGACACCGCCACGUCAUCACCCCUGCAUUCUCCCCUCUUAAUCUCAAGGCCAUGACAAGUAUGAUGGUGGAGUCGGCAACCAGCAUGUUGGACGGAUGGGCCGUACAAAUCAACUCGGGAAACCCGGAAUUCGAUAUGGAGAGCGAAAUCAUAACAUUGGCCGGAGAGAUAAUCGCCAAGACGAGCUUCGGAGUCACCGGAGAAAACGGACGUAAGGUUCUCAAGAACCUAAGAGCCAUGCAAUACACUCUCUUCAAGUCCAAACGCGUCUUGGGCGUGCCGAUAUUAGGCAGCAUUCUCAACUUCAAAGAAACCCUAGAGGCCGAAAAACUCGGCCGAGAGGUCGACCGCUUGCUUUUAUCGAUCAUAGACGAACGGAGAGGAUCGAUCCAACGGGGAGAAUACCAUCGGGAUGAUCUAUUGGGGCUGUUGCUGAAGACGGAUCAUGAAAAGAAGGAAGGGAGAAAUUUGACGGCGAAAGAGCUCGUCGACGAGUGUAAAACCUUCUUCUUCGGCGGCCAUGAGACGACGGCUUUGGCGCUGACGUGGACACUCAUGCUUCUCGCCAUUCACCCAGAGUGGCAGGAAAAGCUCCGGGAAGAGGUCCGACAAGUCGUCGGAGAUUCCGACGUUGAUUACCACAAACUUGCAGGGCUUAAAAAGAUGAAAUGGGUGAUGAACGAAGUUCUACGAUUAUAUCCACCGGCCCCAAACGCACAACGACAAGCUCGGAGGGACAUAGAAGUUGGCAAAGGCCUUGUCGUCCCUAACGGUACGAACAUUUGGAUCGACUUAGUGUCUAUGCACCAUGAUCCCGAGUUAUGGGGGGAUGACGUGUACGAGUUUAGGCCGGAGAGAUUCGCCGAGGAUUCGAACGGUGGCUGCAACCACAAGAUGGGGUUUUUGCCGUUUGGAUUCGGAGGGAGAAUGUGCAUUGGUCGGAACUUGACCUUUUUGGAGUACAAGGUUGUCCUGACUCUUGUUUUGUCCCGGUUCGAAAUCUCGGUUUCGCCCGGUUAUCGCCAUGUACCGACAUAUAUGCUUUCUCUUCGUCCCGGUUAUGGGUUGCCUCUCAUCGUACGACCCCUUUAGAUUCCUCUAACGUGGAUAAUAUUCUUUAGCAUCGAUCCUUGCAUGCAAAAGAAGAAGAAGAGGAAUUGAUAUUGGGUUCGUGUUUAGUACUAGGGAAACUCCGGCAGUAUUUUCCGCUAAUCAAUGUUUACCUUGUUUAUAUGGAAUAUACAACUUUUUUUUCUUGAAUAAUUGGUAUCAUAUGCAUAUUUUGAGGGGAAUAAACGGAUCAAAACAGUUUAUAAUUA